AUGCAUCUGCAUAACGCAUGGCUGCCGCCGCCCGUGGCGGAGGAGACGAAAAGGGAGAAGCAUGCCUUCGCCGGAGUAGUUAAUUCCGUCAAGGAGUCUUACAAUCCAGAAGAUCCUGAAUCGGUUUACUCUACUCUGAAAUGGGUCUCUGUUAUUGAUCUUUUUGUGAAGGCCAAAAGUGAUCUAUCUGUUGAGGAUGUUACAACCCUUGUAGAAGUUGGAUUAGAACUGUUCCAUGUCUCAGAGAAUAAACUCUAUGCUCAGGUUAGAUGGGGAAACAUCUUGGUGAAACUGUUGAAUAAAUACAGGAAAAAGUUGUCCUUAAAAGUUCAGUGGAGGCCUCUAUACAAUAUUUUAAUUCACACACACUUUACUCGGAAUACUGGCCCUGAAGGAUGGAGACUAAGACAACGCCAUUUUGAGACAGUUACUUCCCUAGUUCGUUCUUGCCGGAGAUUCUUUCCUCAAGGUUCUGCCUCUGAGAUAUGGUCUGAGUUUAGAUCCCUGUUGGAAAAUCCAUGGCAUAAUGCAGCUUUUGAAGGGGCUGGAUUUGUACGGCUGUUCCUCCCUACAAAUGUUGAAAAUCAGGAUUUCUUUAAUCCUGAGUGGAUAAGAUUAUGUUUAGAUCAUUGGGCUUCGAUACCAAAUUGCCAGUUCUGGAACAGUCAAUGGGCCUCUGUUACAGCUCGUGUCAUAAAGAGCUACCCCUUUAUUGAAUGGGAGCAUUUCUUGCCCGAUCUGUUCAGUAUCUACUUGAAUAUAUUUGAGGUUCCGGUGGCUAAUGGGAGUGGAUCAUAUCCUUUCCCUACAGAUGUUCCUAGAAACACGCGGUUUUUGUUUGCAAAUAGAAGUAUCACACCAUCAAAAGCAAUUGCUAAAUCAAUAGUGUAUCUAUUGAACCCUGGUAGCUCUGCACAAAGGCACUUUGAGGAAUUGGCCAACCUCUUAGAACAAUAUUACCAUCCUUCAAACGGGGGCCGGUGGACGUACUCAUUGGAGCGGUUUCUGUUCCACUUAGUGGUUAGCUUCCGGAAACGCUUGCAACAUGAGCAAUUGAACAAUACUGUCAGCAAGCAAUCUGAAAUAUUCCUGGCAGAGUCUGACAGGGGUUCUUUUGUGAAAACUGUCCUGAAGUUUAUCGACCGUGGCCAGUAUAGUAAAAAUGAGCAGCUCUCUGAAACUGUUGCGUCCACAACUUCUAUCUUGUCAUAUGUGGAACCAUCUUUGGUUUUGCCAUUUAUGGCGUCUAGAUUCCACAUGGCUUUGGAGACUAUGACAGCCACCCACCAGUUGAAGAGUGCCGUGACAUCUGUGGCAUUUGCUGGAAGAUCACUGAUAUUUAGCUCUUUGUUGGACUUGCCUAUGGAGUCAACUAUGACCAGUGGAUAUGAUUCAUAUGCUGAUCUUCUAGUGAUCUCUUUGUCUAAUGCUUUACUUGGUAUGGAUGCCAAUGACCCACCCAAAACCCUGGCAACCAUGCAACUGAUCGGAUCUCUAUUCUCUAGUAUGUCUUCUGUGGAUGAUAAUAUAAAUGUGGGGUCGUUAUUCUCAUCAUUUCACUUUUCGGAAUGGCUGGACGAGUUCUUGUGUCGUCUAUUUGCUUUACUUCAACACUUGGAACCUAGUAGUGUACUGAAUGAAGGCACUCAUACACCAGCCUCUUCCGGGACUUUCCUUGUGGAGGAGGGUCCAUACUACUUCUGUAUGCUGGAAAUAUUGCUCGGCAGACUCUCAGAUACACUCUACAAACAGGCACUUAAAAAAAUUUCAAAGUUUGUCUUGGCAAAUAUUCUUCCUGGAGCAAUUGCAGAAGUUGGACUACUUUGUUGUGCUUGUGUUCACUCAAAUCCACAAGAGGCAGUUGCUCAACUUGUCAAACCAAUUUUGGAGUCAGUAAUUUCUGCUUUGAAAGCUGCACCGACCUCUGGUUUUGGAACUAGAUCAACUUAUGUCUCUUCCUCAAUCAAGGAAAAAUCAACCUUGUCUCCAGCGCUAGAGACUGCAAUUGAGUAUAAGUUGAAAGUACUUUCUGUUGCGAUCUGUUAUGGAGGUCCAUCACUUAUCCAAUUCAGGGACCAAUUCAAAGAAGUUAUUGCUUCUGCCUUUGAUUCGACAUCUUGGAAGGUUAAUGGAGCUGGUGAUCACGUUCUCCGUUCUCUUUUAGGAAGCCUUGUUCACUAUUAUCCUGUCGACCAGUACAAGUGUGUUACCCAUCAUCCUUUUGCUGCUUCACUAGAGCAAUGGAUUGAUACGAAGGAUUUUUCGCUCGAUAAGCCAGCGAUGGGACCAAAGUGGCAUGUCCCUACAGAGGAAGAAAUUAAUUUAGCAAAUGAGCUACUUAUGCUGCACUUUGAAUCUGCGCUUGAUGACCUGCUAACAAUCUGCAGAUCCAAGAUUCAUUCAGAUCCAGGAGACGAGAAAGAUCACUUAAAAGUGACUCUUCUACGCGUUGACUCUUCAUUACAAGGUGUUUUGUCUUGUUUACCUGAUUUCAGGCCUUCCUCUGAUACUGGAAUGGUUAAAGAGGCAGGUCGUUCUCUUUUCGUGAUUGCUGGGGCUACUGGGUCAUGUGUUGGUAGCUCAGAAUUACGUGAAAAAGCUGCUGAUGUUAUCCACGAAACUUGCAAAUACUUAUUGAAGGAGAAGUCUGAUGAUAGCAUUUUGUUGCUACUUCUCAUCCGGGUGAUGGAUACAUUGGGAAAUUAUGGAAGUUCAGAAUAUGAGGAGUGGUCUAACCACAGGCAGGCCUGGAAGCUGGAAUCUACCGCCCUUGUAGAGCCUCCAAUAAAUUUUAUUGUGUCAUCUCACUCGAAAGGAAAAAGAAGGCCUCGGUGGGCACUAAUUGACAAAUCUUAUAUGCAUAACACUUGGAGGUCAUCACAGUCGUCAUACCAUUUGUCCCGCGCAAGUGGGAACAUAUUUCCAUCAGAUCGUGUGAUUUGUUUAAUGGACGAUCUUCUUGAUUUGUGUUUACAUAGUUAUGAAACAGUUCGGAGGCUUGCUGCAAAAUCCAUACUAAAGAUGAUGAAGAGAUGGCCAUCUACAAUUUUGAAGUGUGUGGUAACUCUUUCUGAAAAUCUUAGAAAUCCAAGCUUGCCAGAGUAUGCGGUGUUAGGUUCUUGUGCAGUACUUUCAUCCCAAACAGUUCUCAAGCGUUUAACAACGGAAAGGAAGGCUCUUUCAUCGUUCCUUAUAGGAGUUCUAUUCAGCUCCCAUCACGAAUCAAUAAAAGCUCAGAAAGCAAUCACUGAGCUUUUUGUCAAGUAUAAUAUCCAUUUUUCUGGACUGUCAAGAAGCAUCUUUGGAGCCCCAGGCAAUCAUACAGAUGGGCCUAGUUUUGCAGAUUUGGUUGCUCAAAUUGGUUCAAUGAGUUUUGAAAGUAGCAACUUGCACUGGAGGUACAAUUUAAUGGCUAAUAGAGUUUUGCUGUUGCUGGCUAUGGCAUCUAGUAAUGAUCCUAAUGUGUCCCCAAAAGUUGUGAGUGAGAUCGCUGGACACUUCUUGAAGAAUUUGAAAAGCCAACUUCCACAAACCAGAAUACUAGCAAUCUCAGCUCUAAACACGCUUCUGAAAGAGUCACCAUACAAAUAUACAGCAGAGAACUGUGCCAAUGCCCAUGGAUAUCUGGAAGGAGACACAAAGUCGUCUCUUGAAGGAGCCUUGAGUGAUAUUUUCCAGGAAGACGGCUUCUUUAGUGAGACUUUGAAUAGCCUUUCUCAUGUCCAUAUUAUCACUGACAUGGAGACUUCUCCUUCCAGAGGACAUUAUGGAAGUUCUACCAUGCAGAGUUUUGCUGACAAAUCAAUAACGCGUUUCUACUUCGAUUUUUCUGCUUCAUGGCCUCGCACUCCUAGUUGGAUAUCAUUAUUUGGAAAUGAUACUUUUUAUUCAAACUUUGCACGGAUCUUUAAGAGAUUAAUCCAAGAAUGUGGUAUGCCUGUUUUGCUGGCUUUGAGGACUGCACUAGAGGAGUUUGUUGAUGCUAAGGAGAGAUCAAAACAAUGUGUUGCUGCUGAAGCUUUUGCUGGGGUACUGCAUUCUGAUGUCUUCGGUGUUUCAGAAGCAUGGGACAGCUGGAUGGUGGGUCAGCUGCAGAAUAUCAUCCAUGCACCAACUGUGGAGUCUAUUCCAGAGUGGGUCGCAAGUAUUCGUUAUGCAGUCACUGGGAAGGGAAAAUCAGGAACUAGAGCUCCACUACUGAGACAUAAAGUAAUUGAUUGCCUGAUGAAACCUUUAUCUCAAACAGUCACUUCUGCUGUAGUUUCCAAACGCUAUACUUUUCUUUCGGCCGUUCUCAUAGAGAUAUAUCCUCCAAGAAUGUCUAAGAUUGAAAUAGUGUUUCACUAUAAUCUUCUGGUGGAGUUGCUGAAUAACAUGAGUCACUCGUCCGCACAGGUGAGAGAAGCCAUUGGUGUUACUCUUUCGGUAUUAUGCUCGAACCUGCGGCUUUGUGCGUCCUUUGGCAAUGAGCACUUGAAUGCAGGGGUACCCAGUGGGUCAGAUGUAAAAGCUGCAGGAUGGGAUCAAUAUCUGGUGCAACGGGCCACUGAACUGGUUAGGAAGAUACAAAAUGUCAGUGCAUCAGAAACUUUAGACAUGUCAACUGAUAAUAUAACUCAGAACGGGAUGUCAACUGGCAAUACUAAAGAUGAUAUCAGAUGGAUGGAGACGUUGUUUCACUUUAUCAUAUCAACUUUGAAGUCUGGAAGGUCGCCGGUUAUGCAAGAUGUUAUUGUAGAACUUCUUUACCCUGUGAUAUCAUUACAGGAAACAUCAAAUAAAGAUCUGUCGAAUCUGGCUAAGGCUGCAUUUGAAUUGCUAAAAUGGAGGGUGUCUGGGGAAUCUCAUCUACAGAAAGCUGUGCCUAUUAUUCUUUCUUUGGCCAGUGAUGCCAAUUGGAGAACUCGAUCCGCAACUUUAACAUUUUUGCGAAGUUUUAUGUACAGGCAUGCUUUUAUUCUCUCUAACAUGGAUAAACUGCAAAUUUGGCAAGCUGUAGAGAAGCUUCUCACGGACAAUCAACUAGAGGUAAGGGAGCAUGCUGCUGCAGUUUUAGCCGGACUGAUGAAGAGUGGGGACCAAGGUUUAGUUGAAGGUUUUCGCCAAAGGGCUUAUGAACAAGCGAGUGCUAUACUUAAGAAAAGGAAGAACAGAAAAGUGGUUUCUACUUUGCCCGUGGCAUCUCUGCAUGGCUCGAUACUUGCUUUGGCAGCUUGUGUGCUGUCAGUUCCUUAUGAUAUGCCCAGAUGGUUGCCGGAGCACGUAACGUUGCUUGCCCGCUUCGUGUCAGAGCCUUCACCACUGAAAUCAACAGUUACAAAAGCUAUAGCCGAAUUUCGCCGCACGCAUGCAGACACAUGGAAUGUGCAUAAAGACUCAUUCACUGAAGAGCAACUCGAGGUUCUGGCUGAUACUUCAUCGUCGUCUUCGUACUUUGCUUGA